CCGCCAGUCUCUUUUCUUGCAUUUCAUCCAUUUCCUUUCCUCCGUCAAUCGUCAUCUGUCUGUCAUUUUCCGAAGCUUAUAGUGUUACUCACAGGGGCAAAGCUUGAGUCAGGAGAGAAGUCCUGCUUUCUUUACGAUACUGCCUCAGGCUGGAAACUACCUGCCUUCUCCAACAACUACACCACACAUCCCACAUCUCCCUGAACCACCAACCAACACAGCACAGCACAACACAACAUUAUCCAGUCCCCAGGACACCUCACCACACACCCACACAACCACACAAAAUCACAGACUCUACCACAAUGUCCGCACCUAACAGCCCAGAACAACAACGAGCCGCCUCCCCGGCCCUCGAAGAUGAACCCGCCCGUGCCCCGACCCCGGACGCCGGCGCCGGCGACGAAGAAAGCGACCACGACCAACCCCAGCCCCAAGACAACGCAGCUGCCUCGGAGCGUGAAGAUGAGGAGGAUGCCGACGACGACGACAAAGCCCGCGAUUCGGACGACGAGUCGAUCCUGUCGGAGGUCGACGAGGCGCAGUUCGAGGACUUCGACCCGGAGAACGUCGACAUCGAGGACCGCCCGCAGCUGGCCAUCGACGAGGACAACCUGAAGCUGAUCGGGCGGCACAAGCGCAAGCGCACGGAGGGGGCCGAGGGGGAGCAGUCGAAGCGGAAGCGCGAGGGCCGGCGCGAGAAGAAGAGCCGCCGCAUGCGCGAGCUGGAGGACGGCGGCGGGGCCAGCGACGAGGAAGGCGGCGCGGGCAAGGCCGGGCGGCGACGGCCCGGCGCGUCGAAGAAGAAGGAGGUGUUGCCGGAGGAUGAUGAGACCUUGGAUCCUGCUACGCGGCGGAGGAGAGCGCUCGAUCGAGCCAUGGAUGAGGCGCUGAAAAAGCCGACUAAGAGACGGUUCCGGAAGGCGGACGGCAUUGAUCUGGAACAAAUGGCCGAUGCUGAGAUCGAAGAUAUGCGCAAACGCAUGACCCACGCCGCGCAGAUGGAUGCCAUCAACCGCCGCGGAGGCAAGCCCGCCAUGCACAAACUCAAGAUGCUCCCCGAGGUCGUCUCGCUGCUGAACCGCAACCAAUACGUCAACAGUCUGGUGGAUCCGGAAAUCAACCUGCUCGAGGCCGUCAAGUUCUUCCUGGAGCCGCUGGACGACGGCUCGCUGCCCGCCUACAACAUCCAGCGCGAUCUGAUGACGGCGCUGGGCAAGCUGCCGAUCAACAAGGAGACCCUGAUCGCCAGUGGGGUCGGUAAGGUGAUUGUAUUCUACACGCGCAGCAAGCGACCGGAGCCAGGUAUCAAGCGCAUGGCGGAGCGCCUGCUGGCCGAGUGGACGCGCCCGAUCCUGCAGCGCAGCGACGACUAUUCCAAGCGGGUGUACCAGGAGGCUGCUUUUGAUCCUACUCAACUGGGCACCUCCCGUCCCAAAUCGGCGCAAACAUCGGUGGCGGAGGCGCGCGCGCGCGAAAUGCUGCCGCCGCGACUGGCGAACCGGGCGCGCGCCGACCUCACUCACACGAGUUACACGGUGGUGCCGCGACCGACGAUGGUACAGGAGAGCAAGUUUGCGCGACCUUUGGGCGCCAGCGGCGAGGAUCGAUUCCGGAAGAUGCGGGCGCGACAGAUUGCGGCGUCCAAGGGAUCCCGGCGAUAGCGGGGGGUGGUGGUUGUUGUUGGAGGUGUAGCUUUUAAUUGCAUAUGUUUUUUUAUCUUUGCCUCGUAUUCGAUUUAUUUACGGACGGAAACGGCGCAGGAAUUGGGAAUGAAUUGUAAUCAUUUAAUCUAAAGCUUACAAAGUAUGUGACUAGUGCGGAG